AUGGACGAUGAUACCAGAGCGAUGGUAGUCGGACUUAGUGUUGGUAUAGGUGGAUUCGUUGGCAUAUUAUUCGCCUUUUGCAUCUGUUGGCAGAUUGUGUGUGGAUCGUGGUGUGAUAAUGAAAAUAAUCGUUCUUCUGUACGACCAGCUCCUGCAAGGCAUCAACGAAAAAGAGUACUAGCUAGCAAACAACAUAGCUUUGUAUCGACAGUAGCACCCUCGAUGACCUCGACUGGAUCGAUUCCGAGCUCUUCGAACGACUUGGCCAGUAAACUGAAAACAUUUCAUUGA